AUGCCCAGACCAACAUUUGCUGACAUGAAAAACGACCUCAUUUUGAGGGCUGCUAAAGGCGAGAAGGUGGAGAGGCCCCCAGUGUGGAUAAUGAGACAAGCAGGAAGAUACUUGCCAGAAUAUCACGAGGUCAAGGGAACAAGGGAUUUUUUUGAAACAUGCAGAGAUGCGGAAGUUGCUAGUGAAAUAACGAUCCAGCCAAUCAGACAUUUUCCAGGGUUAAUAGACGCAGCCAUCAUCUUCAGCGAUAUUCUGGUGAUUCCCCAGGCCAUGGGCAUGGAGGUCCAGAUGGUGGAUAAAGUGGGCCCUUCAUUUCCCCACCCAUUGAGGCACCCAGAUGACCUCUUGAAGCUGAGAAAAGACGUUGACGUUACCAAGGAGCUGGCUUGGGCUUUUAAGGCUAUCACACUUACGCGGACAAAGCUUGCUGGAGAGGUACCAUUGCUCGGAUUUUGCGGAGCGCCAUGGACUCUGUUGGUUUACAUGGUGGAAGGUGCCGGGACAAAAAUGUUCAGAUUUGCAAAGGAGUGGAUAUACAAGUACGAAGAUGCGACACAUGAGUUGUUGCAAAGAAUAACCGAUGUGGCCGUGGAUUUCCUGGCUCACCAAGUGUUAGCUGGAGCCCAGAUGUUACAGGUUUUUGAGUCCUGGGGAGGAGAACUCGGACCCGAGGAAUUUGAUGUUUUUUCAAAGCCCUACAUACAGCAAAUUGCCGAAAGACUUCCGCUGAAGCUCCAGGAGCUUGGAAUCACGGAAAAGAUCCCCGUAACAAUCUUCGCAAAGGGCUCGUGGUAUGCUCUGGAUGAACUGUGUGGUCUGGGCUACGAUGCUGUCUCGCUGGACUGGACUUAUCGCCCAGAAGAUGCGGUUAAGGUUGCAAAGGGAAGGGUUGCCUUGCAGGGAAACUUGGACCCAUGCACUAUUUACGGGUCUAAGGAGACAAUUACCCGUAAGGUGGAGACCAUGAUCAAGGGCUUUGGCGGUGGAAAGCAGAACUACAUCAUCAACUUUGGCCAUGGUACGCAUCCGUUCAUGAAGCCUGAACAAAUUGAGUGGUUUCUGAAGGAGUGCCAUCGUGUCGGAAGUCUUUGA